AAAUUUAGGAAUGUGCCAUAUAAAAACGUCUGCUUCUGUCUUCCGCAGUCACGGUUUUAAGUAUUUCAUUUAUUUAACAUUUAUAAUUGUACUGAGCCACAUAAACAACAAUGAUCACGGAGAAGUGCCUCGCUAAAGGAAGUGCUCCCCCUGGUCCUGUGCCUAAAGGCCACAUUAGACUGUUCAGCAUGAGGUUCUGCCCAUUUGCCCAAAGGGCAAGGCUGGUGCUCAAUGCCAAGGGGAUUAAACAUGAAAUCAUUAACAUCCACCUGAAGGAAAAACCAGACUGGUUUUUGGAGAAAAACCCUCUUGGACUUGUGCCUACUCUUGAGACCGAGGCUGGUGAGGUAGUGUCCGAGUCUUCCAUCACCUGUGACUACCUGGAUGAGGUCUACCCCCAGAAGAAACUGCUUCCUUCAACUCCUUUUGGAAAGGCUCAGCAGAAGAUGAUGCUGGAGCAUUUUUCCAAGGUGACUCCUUAUUUCUACAAAAUCACUCUGGCAAAGAAGGAUGGUGAGGAUAUCUCUGGGCCUGUUAUUGAACUGGAAGAAAAGUUUGUGAGGAUGGAUAAGGAUCUGGUUAAAAAGAAGACCAAAUUCUUUGGUGGUGAUUCCAUUACAAUGAUUGAUUAUAUGAUGUGGCCGUGGUUUGAAAGACUUGAGGCCUUUGAUCUCAAACAUCUCCUGGAUAGCACUCCUGAACUAAAAAAGUGGUAUAUCAGUAUGUGGGAGGACCCUGCAGUCAAAGUUUCUUCAAGCAGCACUGAGAACCAUAAGGCAUUUUUAAAGUCUGCUUUUAUUGAUGGCAAACCAGACUAUGACUUUGGCCUGUAAACACUGUGCUCUACUUGUAAAAACACACAUUUAUAUGAAUUGUUUUUGAUAUCAAGAUGCACUUAAUUUCAACUAUUAUGAAUAAAAAAGUAAAACACUAACCCAAA